CCUCCUCCCUUCCGUUUCCGGCGUUCCCUUCCCCCCCACAGUCAUGGCCGCUGCCGCCGCCGCCGUUGGUCCGGGGGCUCCCCUGUCCCCGGACGAAUUGCUUCCGAAAGGCGAAGCCGAGAAGACCGAGGAGGAGCUGGAAGAGGAAGACGACGAGGAGCUAGAUGAGACCCUGUCGGAGAGACUCUGGGGUCUGACGGAGAUGUUCCCGGAGAGGAUCCGGUCCGCGGCUGGAGCCACUUUUGAUCUCUCGCUCUUUGUGGCUCAAAAAAUGUACAGGUUUUCCAGGGCAGCCUUGUGGAUUGGGACAACUUCCUUCAUGAUCCUGGUUCUUCCUGUUGUUUUUGAGACGGAGAAGUUGCAAAUGGAGCAACAGCAGCAACUGCAGCAGCGGCAGAUACUUCUAGGACCUAACACAGGGCUGUCAGGAGGAAUGCCAGGGGCUCUACCUUCACUUCCUGGAAAGAUCUAGAUUGUUACUGCUAUAUUUGACCUGUCUUGGUGGGAGAAGUUUGAAAAUUCAAUAGUGUGUGAACUGCUGAAUUUUUUUUUUAACUUUGGCACAUUGAUAUAUCUAAACCUAGUUGGGGGAAUUCUCCCCGCAUCGUCUCACGGAGAGACUCCCAACUUGCAACUGUGCCCUCCACACUGUCCUUACUUCUUCCUCACUCUGAUAGCAGAGUACAGCGAUGCGGACGGUUACUCCAGCUCUGGCCAUCCCACCUCUUCCACUAAAUUACUCCUGACUGGAAGACCUCCGUAUCUCAUUGUGGGGUAGGAACUGAUGCCAUUGGGGAGGAUGCACCCAUGACCAUUAAAUACAACUAUUUUGAAGAAUGGAGAUGCUGAGAAGGGAUGUGCACGCUAUAUGAAAUAUAAAAUGCAUUACAGCUGUAGUGUAAAAGCAGCCACUGUGAAUUCGUUUGUUGGAAAAGAGGGAGGACCGGGAGCAGCUUCAUCACAGGAUGGGGACUGUGAAGGGCAGGGCAGGAGCUCAUUUCCUCUGCACAGUUUGGCUGUUAGACCAAUGUGUGUCUAAAAAGAAAAAAAGUCAGUGCUCACUUUUUGUAUUUAAAUAUUAAAAAUGAUUCCAACCGAAA